CUUGAUAAAAAAAUUACGCCAGAAAUUGUCAAAAUUUUCUUGAUUCUUUGGUUUUAAAGUAACUGAAACUGGAGAAACAUUUCAUAAGAAGUCUUUUUGUAUUCGUUUAGAUUAUGAAAGAGAGGUUUUAGCCAUCGUUGACCCCGUAAAUCAACGUGUAAAUAUCCAAAAUGGCGGAAGGGGCAUUUCACACGUGAUUUGUUUACUUCAUUGCAAUCCAAUAUGGCGACAUCCAGUGGUGGGACCAAGAUUUUGAAGUUUGUAAAUGUCGACGAUUCGAAGGAGGAACGAUUGAGACGUGCUGCCAAUGUUGCUUCAGAAGCAGAACUCGAUGUUUUAUGGAUAAGUCCACGUGAGAUUUUGAACUCGGACAACUUGGAAAAGGAAAGUUCAUUUUUCGUUCUUGAUCCAUUUGAAGGGGAGCAUUAUGAACAUUUGAAGUCUCAAAAAUGUCGAAUAUUUGGACCACAGUGUGUCCUCUCUUGUUUACAGAUUUGUUCUCCUCUUCCUUCGUUGUCAAAUCCCAUAUUUACGAUCAGUAUGCAUGGCAUCUUUGCAUGCUGUAGUAGUAUUGCUAAACAUGAGAGGCAGCGCUUGCAUGACCAGAUUCGUCUAAUGGGAGGUGUAGUUAUGAGAGACUUUACAGAUACAGUAACUCAUCUUAUUGCUGGUGAAGUUGGAUCAAAGAAAUAUGCAGUGGCGUGUAGUCUGGGAAAGCCUAUAAUGUUGCCAGAAUGGGUAUUCACCAUAUGGGAAGAGGGAAAGUCUAAACACGUAUUGGCAACCGAUAAACAGUUUGAUAAAUACAAAUGUCCAGUUUUUAAGGGUUGUACAAUAUGUGUUACAGGGUUAGAUGGGCCGACUCGGCAAGAGGUUAAAAGAUUAUGCAACAGUAAUGGAGGAGUGUAUUCUGGUGAAUUGAGCAUGAAUACUUGCACACAUCUUUUGGUGAACAUGCCAAAGGGGGAGAAGUACGAGUUUGCAAGAAAAUGGAACAUCCAUUGUGUUUCAACACUGUGGUUUUAUGAUUGUAUCAAAUCUGGGUUCUGGUUAGAUGAGAGUUCGUAUCGCACGCUGCCGGAGGAUGAGACAAGUUUGUCACAACCAGGCUCUCRGCUCAAUUUAAGUGCAACAGCAAAUUCUAGUCAGGUUUCUUCAAAGUCAAGAACUGAAAGAUUGAGCACCACAGCUGCUCAAGCAGCAUAUAAGAGUGCUAAGACACAUGGUGAUGGAGGCUUGAUUUCAGAUGAAACAAAGAAAAAGAAAGUACACAAUGAAUCAUCAAGAAAUCUCUCCAGCAAAACAAUGAACAAUACCUCUACAACCUAUAACAUGGACCUGAACUUUACUCUUAAACAAGGGUGCAUGUUUCUUGAUGGCUGCAAGAUAUUCCUUAGUGGAUUUAGUGGAGCAUUACUAGACAAGAUAAGGAAGUUUAUCAAUGUUGGGGGUGGGACAAGAUUUAGUGUGAUCAAUGAAAAUCUUUCACAUGUUAUCAUUGGGUCAGUAGUUACUAAAGAUAUUGAGGUAUUGAAAGAUUCUGAUUUUCAUCCACAUGUGGUCACUGGUCAUUGGAUUAUUGAUUCAGCAAAGAAUGGCAAGCGAAUGCCAGAGGAAGAUUACAUCCAUCCUGACUUUAAGAUGGAAUCAGAUGAAUCAACACCAAGUUCCAAGGAGAACAAAGACCCAGCUAAGAGCAAUUAUAAACAAUCUGAGAAGAAAGAAAUAAAUGGAAUUAAGUCUACAGCUCCUGGAAAGCAGAAAACUACAAAACCUGAGUACGAUGAUGGUCUCAAUGAUGAUGAAGUAUUCCUACAGUAUAGUUCUACCAUUGACUAUCGACUGGAUAAAGACAGAAGAAUGCCAUCAAACAAGUCAGCCAAGGAAUUAACAGAAGAUGAAGAUACAACUUUUGAUAAUGAGCAAGAAAAUCAUGCUUUGCUGUCGGGGAAAUGUUUCAUCAUUGAACACUUUGAUGAUGAGCAAAGUGAACAUCUGAAAAAGUUGAUAGAAGAACAUGGCGGUAGAGUCGUAAUGAGAAAUGAAUGCAAACCAGCAGAUUUUGUAGUUUUACCAAUGAAUUCAAAGUGCAGUUCAAGUCUUGGUAAAGAAAUGGUUACUUUCUGUUGGCUUGAGCAGUGUAUUCAAGAGGGAGAGCUCCAUGAUCCUGAUAGCAACUUUGUUUUUAGGCCCUUCAUUAUCCCGAAAGGUGUGUCACCUUUAAAGGACUGUGUAAUGACUAUCAGUCAAUAUGUAGGGGUAGAGAGAGACCAUUUGAUGCAGCUUGCUGAAAUACUAGGGGCUAAUUGUCAAGAAACCUUUGUCCACAAAGCCAAUAGGAGGUACCUCGCCAGCACCCAUCUUCUUUGCCAAGAGCCWGAAGGAAGCAAAUACGAUGCAGCUCUUAAGUGGAACAUUCCUGUUGUUACACGUGAGUGGCUUUUUUCCUGUGCAGAGUCUGGCAUGUUACAGCAAGUUGGAGAUUUUCCACUCAGGGGUAAUGCUAGUACAAGGCACACCAAAGCUGACAGGAAAGGAAAUGUUGAUCAAAAACUGGAAGACAUUGAGGAUCAGGAUGAAUGUCAAGAAGGACUAGUGGUAGAAGCUCUUAACGGUGAACAAAUAGAUCAAGAGAUGGAAUCUGUGAAUGGAAGUUCUAAAGGUCUUAUCGUAAAUCAUCCAAACCUGUCAACAAAGCAGCCGUUUAGACCUUCCUUUGAUGUGACAGAUGUGAUGCAGGCAUUAGAAUCUCCAUUGUUACCAAGCAUCAAAUCUAGGAAAAGCCGUAGCAGUCGCAACAGUUUUGCAUUGGAUGGAUUUUUUGAAGAAAACAUAAUAAAAGCUGUACAAAGGACUGGUAAUCUUGGCAGUAUGCAGCCUUCCAGCACUGAAACCCAUAAUAAUGACAAGAAUGUGGAGACAAACAAUGAAGAGGAAGAUUCAGAAGUGGGCAUACUGCAUGGUGUUACUGUAGCUGUAAGCAAGAAACUUGGCCAACAGCAAACAGAGUUGUAUGGCAUCGCAUCAAGCCUUGGGGCUGACUAUCGCUGGCUGUAUGAUAACUCUUGUACUCAUUUAAUUCAUCAGGGUAAGGCAAAUGACAGUUCUAGAGAUGUCUCCUUGGCCAAGGAACAAGGAAAAUACAUAGCAUCACCCCAUUGGUUACAUGCUUGUGCCGAGGCAAACAAAAGACUAGACGAGAAUCUCUAUCCCCACACUUAUAACCCAAAGAUGUCAUUACAUGGUGUAACAAAGGAAAGAAGGUUAACUAGAGCAUCAAAGGCAGCACUUGAAGAAUCAGUCAAUGAGGAUACCUCCAUGAAUGAACCUGAAGCUGCCGCAAGAAUAGAUGAUCCUACCAGUGUCGAUGCCAAGGUUUCUUUUAGUACUGACACCAGUAGCAACCUCAGUGAAGAGUCUAGAGAAGCUGGCAAGAACAGUAAGGAAAUCUCACAAAAUUCCAAGCAAGACAGUGAAGUGUCAGACCCCAAAGAAGACUUUCAGAAGCAGAUUGAGAACUUUAUUUCUGCAAAUAAGGGUACAAGAGGCCGUAGAAGAAGCAGAAGACUGACCUCCUGUAGUGCGUCUAGCUCAACACCUCUUAAUUCUGUUGGUCAGUCUUAUGAAGGAGACAAUGGAGGUAGACUAAGCAGUCGGCAUGCCGCAUCUAGGUUGAGAACUCGCAAGAACAGUCAGAGAGAUCUUGACAAGUUAGGAGACAAUGCAAGUGGUCGUAAGCACUGUGAUGAGAAUGAAGCAUCUCAGAGCGACACCAUCACCUAUGACGAUCCUGCUGGGAGGCUAGAGAGAGAGAAGAUCAUGGAAAGGCUCAAAAGAGGCUGCAGUCCAAGCUCUGAUGAUUUUGUAGAAAGUCACGAAGAGAAUGAUGAUGAAGAUGACAAUCAGGAAGAUGAUAAUGUUACAAAUAAAGCUGACAAUGCUGAAAAUGAUCAGAGAAGAUCGUCAUCAUCUCUUGCGGAACAGCUAGCAAUUGUUGGUGCAUCAGAUAACGUAGACUCAGAAAGCUCACAAAGCACCCAAACACCGGUACCUCCUCCAUUGACCAUCCAGUUGAAGGAUGUUCAGAAACCAACGCCACAGAAUCUUUUAGAGGAAAUCGAGAAAAGCCAAGAUAAACCAAGGAAGGUCCUAAAGUUCCAACUGUCUGCCAUGACCCCGCAAGAAAAAAUCGAUUUCGCAGCCCUGAUAGAGGAGCUAGGUGGACAAGUGUUUGAUACCCAAUAUUUCAAAACUGACUGUUCUCAUGUCGUUGUUGGAAAACCCAACAGGAAUGAAAAAUACUUAGCAGCAAUGGCAGCUGGGAAGUGGGUUCUGCACAAGUCAUUCCUGGAAGAUAGCAGGCAAGUUGGCCAUUUUGUUGACGAGGAACCUCAUGAAUGGGGAACUGAUGUGCCAGGAGAACAGCCCAACAAGUUGGCAAAGGCAGCCAAAAGGUGGCGAGUUAAACUACAAACAGAAAGAAUGACAUCCGACAAGCAACACAUUGGCGCCUUCAGUGGUUGGCGCGUGCUGUUAUGUGUCGACAAGCUACGACAGCCAGGCUUCAAGAGGCUUCUGGAAGCAGGAGGGGCUCAAGUGGUGGGCAGUCGACCUCCUUUUAAUAAUAUUAGCAACGUUACCCAUGCGUUUAUUGAUUCAAACAAGAUGAAACCCGAUACUGUAGACAUCGAAGCACUUUACAAGGAAAGGAUAUGGCUAGUAAAACCUGACUUUAUUGCCGAGUUUUUAAUGCAAGAUCCAGAACCACACCCAGGRCGAUUCCUCAUCCCAGAAGCUAUGGCACUAAGUGAUAGGUUGGACACUUCAGAACAGAGGAAAAGAAAAGGAGAUGAAAUCUCGAUGGAUGAAAAGAGAGCACGAUUAGAAUGAACGACGUUAGAAUUUUUGUUAUUGGUGAAACUGUACUGCGCAUGCUUGGAUAACUAGUCACCUGGUACUGAUGCGUAUUGAAAGAUAAAAACAAACAAACAAAAAAGAAAACAAUGAUCAGAAAGUAUUGCGAAAAUAAGCACUAGCUUUGACCCCUUUGAUGUAUCGUCAAAGUAGUUCAAUUUGGAGGAUAAAACAAGAUAAUUUCAAUGUCAUGAGAAUUGGACACCUAUGGUUAUGUCCUCCAAAUUGAGUUGUAUUCUGAUGUGCUGCACGGGGCCUAUACGCGGCUUCGUUUCCUCCCGCCAAUUUUCCCAUACAUGCGCAGUACUUGUUUUAUCAGUCUCAGGCGUUUCGUACUUAAGUACUGAAGUUCGUUACCUUCAGAGUGAUAUACACCUACUUGCAAGAACGUUGUCAUACGAAAAUAGAACAGUGAUUUAGUGGGAUAGGAAUUAUAUUAAAAAACAAAAGAAGAUCACUUAAGCUGAACUUUUUCUUUUAUCUUUUAAUGUAUUCCUUUCUCACUAAAUUACUAAUGUUCUAAUAUCGUAUGACAACGUUCUCGAAAGUAGGUGUACAUACAUGCUCCCCGUAACUGAAUAAGUUACGUUUUUAAACUGCUUGUAUCCAUAUGGGUGGGAGAUGUUCAUAGUAUUGACAUCGCGAAUCUUAUUUCUUUACUUGCGUCGAUACCUAUCCAUCUGGAACGACGCUUUCCUGUCUCUAUACCUAGCCAUAUACAUCCCCUUCCGUCCCCCAAUGCAACACCUCUUGGCUUUCCCAAGAAGUGUUCAGUGUAACGAUGUUUUGUACUUAUAGACCCUUUCAGCUUGUUUUCCCAUUUCAGGCCAGGGCUCAUUCACAAGAGUAUCAUUUCUUUGUUUAACGGUUACGCACGAGAAGCCACAUGAAUAAGGAUACGACGAGGAAUCUUGUUUUCAAGGGGAAAUUUCAUACUACGUGUCACUUGAAGGAAUGACGCGUGGUCUGAAAUGAAAAUACAUUACGCCCUUUCUGAAAGUGUCUAUUACCCAACAGCUGCUAACGAAAACAGUUCUAAACAAACUAACAUCAAAAAUGUUUUUUACUUUAUUUUUACCAAAGURGGUUUUGUUCUAUUUUUGUACAUACAAAUUAUAUUAUAGAGUGGUCUUACUUGGCCCGUGAAAGAAUAGUGAACAUAUUGCAUAGUAGUUAAUACACACGAAUUCCAUUGUUUUCUUUCGCAUUACUUUGCCUUUUUGUCACUGAUUUAACAACUUUGUUUCACGGGCGAAAUAGCGUCACUCUAACGUGGAAAAAUAAACGUACUGUAUACGAAAUCAUAGCGAUCCCCCUCCUCUUAUGUGAUCCCCCAGGGGUUGCGACAGAUCAGAGUAAGAACGUACUUUCUUUUCCAAGAGGGAAGAAAAACUUUUCAGAUAUUUCGAUCAAUAAAAGUUCAUUUUAAAUUG